GCUGUGCAGGCACAAAGCACUGGCGCUGCCUUCAUGCCCACAUGCCACAACGACGACCAGAGGCGAGUCGGCGACUUGGUUCUGCUUCUCCACGCCGACUUCUGUGGUUGCACCCCCGCUCCAUGGUCGUCACGUCGGCCGCCUCCGCCCGUCUGCUACGCUGGCCGACUCCACCCCGUUGCGCUUCCGACCUCCCUGCUCCAUCGACGGGACAAGCUAGCCUCACCUAUUGCCACCCAACUCGGCCCCACUCACCUCCGCCUAGCUCGGCCCCGCUUGCCUCCACUGGCGCCGCCCGACUCGACCCUGCCCACCUUCACUCGGAGCCGCCCUGCCUUCAUCCGCCCGCUCGGUGAUGUAAAUUGGCACUUAUGGCCUGUCUUGCUCUAAAAGCCAAGGUCCUUAUCCACUUAUUUUGCGACAUCCGUUGUAGAAAAUAUUUUGUGACAUCUCAUUAUUUUCUCCAUGAGUCCAUGUAUCGUCUUUAUGGUGUCUAUUUGAAAAUCGAAACUCAUGUUGGGUAUUGGUGGAUUGGUGCUUCGUGAUGUCCAUUGGACUGAGGAAGAAGCAGCCAUCCUUGUGCCUGGGGACAUCAUCAGUAUUAAACUUGGAGAUAUCAUUCCUGCAGAUGCUCUCCUCCUUGAUGGAGAUCCUUUGAAGAUCGAUCAGUAUGCACUAACUGGAGAAUCAUUGCCAAUCACCAAAGGUCCUGGUGAUGGCAUCUACUCUGGUUCAACUGUCAAGCAGGGUGAGAUUGAAGCUGUUGUGAUAGCAACUGGUGUGCACACUUUCUUUGGAAAGGCUGCACAUCUUGUUGACUCCACAAACCAAGUUAAAGGCAAGAUCGAGAAACCUCAAAUUCAUAUCUGA